UUUUGGAGUGGAAAAGUUGUAUUUUGAUGUUUUGAAUUGUAAUUUUCUCCAAGAUGCAAGCAAGUUUAGGGCAGGAUCGUAGUGGAGAGGAUGUAUGGAAUGUGGCGACCUGGAAGUCUGACAUAUCCUCAAAAGUCUCAUUCAUCCGUCAGAAUCUUAAAAAACAAGCGAAUAAUCGACCUGCCGCAUGGAAACACGCACUGAACAUCCAAAAAUCAUACUUCACAACCGUCUUGAAACGGUCCAAUCGCUUUGAUCUCACAGAAGAGGAUAUUGAUAAUGUCGAUGUGAUAGUGGAAAUUGUUGACGAGUUUAUUUUUAACGGAGGGAAGGAUUUUACUGCCAUGCAAGAGUUGCAUUUGCUUGAGAUUAUCCGUAGUCAUUUCCAAGCAAAUGACGAUGACGUCAAUAGAUGUUUGCAAUUUGCUGCCAUGUUUAACCUGAGUCCUCAUGAUGAAAUGAAGGAAUACCGUUGUAAAAUGUUAGGGAAACUUGUGUCAAUGUCUGUUGCCCUUGAUUGCUCAAAAAUACUGGAAUGUGUUGCUGUAUGGAUUAUGAAACAUCGUUCUUCAUUUCAAGACAUUUUGGACUUGAUUCAGGCUAUCAUUUACGAUUACUGCAUCCUGGUACCAACCUCAUUGGCUGCGCUAGAGAGAAUGGUGAAUCAUUCAUCAUUACUUGCCUCACAGUUUCUCACUGCGGUGACCUUAUUGUAUCCUAUGUAUAAAGCUCCUUCACAAGAUGAAGAAAUGUCUACGGAGAAUUUAGAAAAACGCAAAUCAUGUCUGCCACCAUUUUCUCUCCUGACUUUGGUUGCCGACUGGGUUGCUUCACAGCCUGGUAUCUCUCUCACCCCAUACCCACAGCAUUUGGGGAUGCUCCCUAAUUGUAGGGCGGCCAAUCAAGAUAUGGAAACACCUGCGCCAGCAGGCCCGGCAAACAAACUUCCUCUUACACCCAUACUGGGUCUCAUCAGGUGGAGUAUUCUGGGAACCCUGUGUUUCCUGUCGCAGCGUCAAACCAAAUUAUCGCCAGAUCAACACAAGGAGAUUAAGCUGGUGUUUUCAAAACUGCAGUUUGGUGUUUUGGAGACGUUGUUAACUGCUAAAAAACAACGGGAAGAGAAAGAGCAGGACAGUGAGAUUGAACCUGGAGAGGUGAUGGAAGAGGAGCUGGAUUAUAGGAGCCUAGUAACUAUCCAUAAUCUCCAAGAAAUAUGUAUGGAAUUGUUGGAUAUCAGUAAAGAGUUGCCUUGUGAAGAUGCUCUGGAAUCAAGAGAUAGUUUGAUGAUUCUAGCUGUUGACAGACUGGCACAAAUAAUUCAAGUGGCAAAAUCAACCGAUUGUUUGUCAGGAAAAAUAUCGGAAUUUUCAUCCACUUAUAAAAAUCUACCUCAUACAAGAUUGCUAAAUUUAGUCCUGCAGUCUCGAUGAGUAUUGUGAUGGGUUCUUGAUAAAUUAAAGUUUUUGAGGCUGAGGGUCUAUCGGUCAGAGGACAGAGCUGGAUGCGAGAAAUUGAGAAUGACUUCAACUGUCAACAGAGUAGAAGAGUAAUAUGAAAUUGCUGUAUUCAUUUUGCGAUACGAAAAGGACCGUAACUAAAAGACAAAUGAAAUCAAAGCAAGAUAUAAAGAGAGGAAAGUCGACUUUACUUAGUAAAAAUCCCGCUUUGAAUUCACUCGUGUAUGAUCGUACAAAUGAAACAAUAGUUUGGAAGAUAAAGAGGGAAAAGAGAUGUGUUUAAUGAGGAGUUCCAUUAUCGUGUAAAAAUAUUUUCCGUUUGUUCUGCAUGAACCGAAGCAUAUUGUUUCAUUAAAUGUUACCUUUCUUAGUUUUAGUGUUGGGUAAGAUUGAGAAGUUUUAUUUUAUAUAGAAAUUCCAACGCAUCGGGGAACUAAAAUACCGUUGCAUACUGUACUGUUCUGAAUGAUAAAAGUUUCAAAUAUAGGCAUGUUUUUAGCACUAGUUAUCCGUCUAGUUGUGUUAGAUUUCCUGGAUU